AUGUCUGACACGACUAGGUUUGAUGACGAGAGAUUGGCUCUGGAGACAGCACGUAAGGAGGAGCCUCGUGGGAUGGAGAGGCGAGAGAAGCUCCAAGAUUCAGGCGAAUGUGAGGGACCAGUUCAGGGAGAGGAGCAAACUUCAGUGGAGGGAGCAGAGGGAAUGGAGGAUUAUGGAACACUAGAGACGUUUCAACUGCUGUUGCGAGCGGACAUGGUUCAUUACUUGGACGUGAGAGGUGGCUGGGAUCUGAAGGCAUGCGAGUGCUGCUUCGACCGGGCAGUGAGCAGCCGGGCACAGUGCGCUCUCGACAUGGCCGACCUUAACAGCUUCCGCCUUGAAAUGAAGAACCCGCUUCCUGAUUCCGUCCCUGCUGAUCCACGUCCCCACUCAUCCCGGUGCGAUCUCGAGUGGGAGAUGAGGUAUCCAGUGCGGGAGUCUGAACGCCUGCAGGGGAUGGCAGCGCUGGAGCAGUUGAAGAGGAAGGCAGCAUCCGCGCCUUUCCAAUGCGCAGAAGCGAUGAUUCUCGAGUGGAUGGCUGAGCCUCGUGUGGGCGUGCUCAUGGACCUGGGGAGGAUCAGAUCCUACCUGCCUGUCAUUCUUUGCACUGGCCAUUGUCAUGUACCUGUUCCCGCUCCUGCUGGUUCUACCCCUCUUUCUCUUGGUCCCGUGAAACCUGCGGUUUCUUGUGCAGUGUCGUCGUUCUGCGGGCGCUGCCGCAGCUGCUGGGCUGCCUAUCGCCGUGCUGUCAGCUUCGCUGCAAUUCUCGCGCUUGUAGCGAGGUGUCCGCGAAUUGUGACGCUAUGGAAGGUUCAGAAGGACCUCUAUGAUACAGCCUUUCCUGGCAUUGCAGUCGCAUUAGAUGCCAUUCGUCAAGAACAGCCGGACUGCUUGGCUUCCCUGCUGGUGCAGGUGCUGGGGGUGAAGGAGAGUGCUGAUCUGAAGGAAGGGUUUGGGUUCUUCGUGCAGCAUGUGCUGUCAGGCGGGCUGGAGAAGGCGCAUGCGAAGAGGAAGGAGGGAGCUGGGGGGGAGACUGCUGAGAAGACGCAGGGGGAGGAAAGGGAGAAGGGUCGAGCAGGUGAUGGGGGAAAGGGUAGUGGAGGGGAGAAGAAAGGCAGCAAGAAGUGGCCAAAUAGGAUUGUCGGUGAUGGUGGCAGGGAUAAAAAGGAUGAGAAGUGGAAGGAGCAUCUGAAGGGGCGUGUGUGGGAGAGGUAUGUGGAUGGCAUGGCUUGGAUUCUGGAGCAUGGAGGGGGAGCAAGGAGGCAGUUCGGGUGCAGCCACUGCGGGUUGGGCUGCAGCAGCAGUGUUGGCAGUGGCAGUAUUCAUGGGAAUGGCGGCCGGGGCAACAUGGAAGGCAGGGAUAUUCCCAAGGGCAUGUAUGUUAGUGGUACGGGUGCCACCGACUUCGCCUUUGGAGUCGCCGGAGUACUUUCCAAGCCGGAGAAUUGCUCAGAUGCGUGUGUUUACAUCCUAGAUGGGAACAACGCCAGCAAGGCACAGGUGGAGGAUGCAGCUAUUGAAGAGGCGAGGGCUUCUACUGCCUCCAGUGCAGUCUCCACCGCUGUGCGUGUGCCGGUCAAUUCCAACCCCGUUCUUGCUGCCUUCACAUAUCGAGUCAGUUGCAUCUUGCAGUGGGUGCGCAUCUACGGCUCAGAUUCCAUCUCGGAGAUGCAAUGCUUCAAGGACAGCCCACAGGAGCACAACCUGCCCAUACGCCACCCCUUUCGCGAGCUCCCAAGCCUGCUGGUCAGGUUUGGUGCCAUCCCCAAGCCUCUGGUUGGAGCCAGACAUUUCUGUGAGUGGGACGAAUGGCCCCAGAGCAAUGAAGAUGCCAUGAAGUUUCCUGAUGACCUGAAUGCAAGAUGCUUUGGAAUGGGGAUCGUGGAGGAGAGUGAGGAGAGUGAUGCGGCUGCGAAGACUGAUGCGAGAGGGGAUGGAGAGGAGCGAGGUGAGGGUGGUGAGAAAACAUCUGUGAAGGCAGCAAGGCGAGGAGGAGGAGGCAAGCGCAAGGGUGAGAGGGGGCGAAGUGGAAGGGCAGCUAGCCAUAAGGGAGGCGGACGGGGCGGAAGGAGCAACUGGGGUGGCACCCAGAGAAGCCACACCAAUGCUCCUACAGCUGCACGCCAGAUGUUGACUUCUAAGAAGGAACUUCCGAUUGUUCGCUGCCGGGCGGAUAUUGACUUCAUUGUGGACGUCGCCAGCAGGUUGUUUCCACCACCAGCAUGUGCCGAAUGCGCAACAUGCUUUUCCAAGUACAAAUCCGCCAUUCCCUUUGUUGCUGUCAUUGCCAACUUCGCCUACCGCCCCGCGUCUGUUCUCUUCGACUGCUUCGUGCAUGUCUUCCCACCGCCCUCCUUGGAACUCGCCCAGCUUGCAGACACGCUGUGCUUGAACAACCCCUUCUCCUCAUACGUGUCUCUCCGUUUGAGCCUGCCCGCGCUUCGUGAUCAUGCGGAAAGGCUGCCCAUGCUCCUGCUGCUCGUGAUUGCUCUGAAGUGGCCUACGCAGAUGGUGCAAGAGCGACAGGGAGCCGAGGAGAGGAGGGCUGAGCAGAGAGAGACGAAAGGCGCCAGGGCAGGGUGUGGAACAGGAGAAGAGGAAGAUGGAGAGGAGGAGGGGGCGGAUGAGGAGGAUGUGUGGAAGGCGUGGGAGGAAGUGCUGUCGUGGUGUGACACAGCGGUGUUGGCCUGGCCUGCGAGUGUGAGGGACGGACGCAAGUGGUACGAUGCUGGGUCUAUCGCUGCAGCGGUCAGCUUGGACUGCAAGGGCAGCACGGAGCCGCCAAGGGAGGUGGACACCAGGCAGCUGGUCACUGAGAUGUUUCGGGCGGCUGCACAGACGAGGUUCUGUGCUGACGUGAACGGCCAGGAUGGUUCAGGUAGAAGCAGUGGUGCUGGCAGUGGCAGUGACAGCGGCAGCAGCAACAGCAACAGGGGUGGUUCUGCCAGCAGUAGUGGCGGCAAAGACAUCGGUGACAGCAGCAGUGAGCGCAAGGGAAAGAAAGCGGAGAUGCCGGCUUACCUGGAGCCGUGGCCAGGGGGAACCAAUCUGGUGGCAUGUCUGCGAGAGAUGCUGCUAGGGGAUCCGUGCUACCUCCCUGCCCCCCCUGCUGCCCCUGCCACCUAUUCUGGUGUGAACGCCAACGCUGCGGUGCCAAACCAUGCAAGUGCACGAGUUUCAUUUUCAAAAGGCCCUGGUACUUCUGCUUAUGAGGGGCAUCUGUGCGGUGCUGAGGGAUGUGAGAGGGUGGGGGGUGGUGGUGUGAAGCUGAGGAGUUGUGGUGGGUGUGGCAAGGUGGCGUAUUGCAGCAGAGAGUGCCAAAAGGCGCACUGGCCCUCCCACAAGCUCACAUGCCCCGGCAGGAGCAAUGGGAAGAAGAGUGGGACGAGCAGUGGCAAGGUGAGUGGCAAGAUGAGAGAGCAAGGACAGCAGGUGAUUAGAGGUAGAAGUAACUCGAUGAUGUAG